CGCUGCAGUGAGACUUGACGUUUGUAUUGGAAGUGUCCUCGUAGGAGCAGCAUCUAAGAGCGCCGUUGCCUCGACUGCUCGUUGCUGUGAUAAACUGAGAGCUUGAAACAAAUACUGCGUGCAAAGUUGAUAUUUGACGGUCAAGAUGAAGUUGAUUGUGCUGGUAGCCAUGCUGGGCCUGAGCCUCGCCGCCCCUCAAGGUCUGGAUCCAGACGCUGAAGUCAUCCCGGGAGGCCUGAGGCCCUCCCGGCGGCGGCCCACCACAAGAGACGGAGAUGACGGCUUCGAGAUCCUGGUGUUUGAACCUCGAGCUCGUCCCAACAUCGUGAUGACCACCCUCCUCAGAGAUCUGCUUGGACUGAGACGGUCUCUUGGUGAAAACAACCGUGGAAACUCUGCACCAGCCACAGUUCCACCUGAAGAUGACCCCAAGCCCCGUCAGGAGUCUGACGACACCCCGUUGCUGUUCUUCGACAGACCAUUCUUCCCUGAGGUCUUCAGGCGCCCCUUGUUUCCUCGAGUAUCCUUCCCUAGGCUGCCAUCCUUCGACUCCUUCCCGGACAUCCCCAACCUGCCAGCCAACUACGACAAUGUCACCCAUGAGGUUAAGAUUGUCAACGGGUCUCGUGUUGAAAUGAACCGCACCAUGACGAAGACGACUAACGAUAAUGGCAGCGUAUUCUUCACUCAAGUCCAAACGUUCAGGAGACUGCCGGAAGCCUCUCCUGAUGAUGACAGCGAGGUGUCAGCUGCUGGUGGUGAGUCUCUGGACUCUCCUGCGGAAACUGACACUCAGGACACCCAAAUCUGGCAGGGUGCCAGAAGGAAACACCGUCGACAAUCAAGUGGAACUGUACGAGGACUUCGGGGUAAGGACUUGUGUGUUCCUGCUAAUUCAGCUGAUCUCCGAGCCAAGUUAACCAACAUUGCUAACAUGCAGCGUUCUUCUGAAAUUCCCUUAUCCCGCAACCGUCGCUGGUUCCUAGAGUGGUUCAACAACGUCGGUAGGCGCACACCCACGCCUGCCACCACCAACUCCCACUUCUACCACAACCACCACCCCAACGCCCUCAGUCAGCCUACUGACAAAGUCACCUACAACACGGGAGACAAACCUUUCCCUGAAGCGGAGUCUGCCGCUCACGGACACAGAAGACCUACGACUAGAUCGCACAAACCAAGUAGUGUCAGGAUACCUAUUAUCAACGACGCUGACAUCGCUGUCAACUACGGUCCUGCAACCCGCACUGUAGAUCCUGACGCUGAGGUCAUAGACUAUAAUCUCAUCAGGGAAGAUGAGCGUAGAUAUUCCGGGAACCGUGCCCAGCCAGUCAGGUCACAACCAAUGAUAUCUCAGCCAGUCAGGUCAAAACCAAUGUUGUCUCAGCCAAUCAGGUCACAACCAAUGUUGUCUCAGCCAAUCAGGUCACAACCAAUGAUGUCUCAGCCAAUCAGAUCACAACCAAUGAUGUCUCAGCCAAUCAGGUCAAAACCAAUGUUGUCUCAGCCAAUCAGGUCACAAUCCCUUAGGUUAUAAAUGCAUCAUAGCGUCAUUUUUCCACUACUACUACGUGACAAUCAGGAUUCCCUUCAGGUCCCCCCGAACUUCUCUAGCUGAUCAGUGUUUACUUCAGUUUCUCACAUCCUCCUCAUCCAGACCUAAUAAGACAGAGCAGCUCUAUUUAUUUAUUGUAUUAUGGGUGGCGUGCUGCUGGGAAUGGGUGGUGUAAUCCCUCAAUUGCCAAAAUACAAUACUCAUUUCUGUAUGUUCAAAAAUAUCCUGAAAAUUCCGCAAUGACGCGAAGAUAAAUGAAAGAAACGCAUAGUUUAGCGACUGAGAGGAACCAUUAAGUCCUAUCACAUGGCCUCUGCAGUUGGAAUGCAGCUGAGGAAAAGUUAAUGAUAUGUUACCAAUUAAUAUCGGUUCCUCGUCAGCGUUCAGCUGUGGUUUCUAGCAUUUAAAAAUAUAUUCCGAUAAUUUUUUUUUUCAAUGAUGCCAAAGUGAAAGACUCUGGAAUUAAAGACCCUGUUUGGUUCCUAUUUUUAUAUUUGCCUUUUGUGUGUUCGUGUUUGUAAAUCUGUUUCUAUGGCAUGUGUGGUCGUAAGCUUGUUUUUUUGCAUGUUCGAUAGUUUGUGUGACAUGUAUUCACCUAAUUGUGGUUGCAGGGGUCGAUUUACUCAUCCUGGCUCCGAUGUGUGUGUGUGUAUGUGUGUGUGUGUGUGUGUGUGUGUGUGUGUGUGUGUGUGUUGUGUGUGUGUGUGUGUGUGUGUGUGUGUGUGUGUGUGUGUGUAAGCUUGUGCUUGUGCAUGUGGUAGUGUUGUAAGUCUGUGUGGCAUGCGUGUUCAUAAACUUGCGUUUGGGCAUGUGACAGUGUUUGUGAAUCUGUGUUUGUGUGUUACUGGUAGUAUACUAUUGAUGAGUUCCUCUUAUUACUGAGCAUUAUAACUCCCAGAGCUCACGCUCUCCACAGUACCAAAGAUGGAAAGAUUUUCCGGUUUGACACUUGAAAUUCAUGCAUAAAUGUAUUACUAUCUCGUUGUGAGUGAUUAACUGGUUAUUUUUUUAUUAUUUAUGUCAUAUUUUUAAUAAAAGAAUUACUUUUGGUAU